AUGAACUUUUCAAAGAGUUGUAAAUGUGAAAUUGUUCUAUGGUUUCUGUUCUGCUGCUGUUUUGUAUUGGCUGUUACUCAAAGAACUGACCCUAUUGAAGUUGAUACAUUGAGAAUCAUAAAGCAAAAUUUGAUUGAUAUUAAUGGAAAUUUGAGCAAUUGGAAUGAUGGAGAUCCGUGUACAUCCAAGUGGGCUGGAGUUAUGUGCUCCAAUACAACAGUAGAUGAUGAUUUUCUACAUGUUCAAAGAUUGCAUCUAAUGAAUAUGAGUUUGGCUGGAACUUUAGUACCUGAGAUUGGCAAGUUAUCUCAUCUGAAAAUAUUGGACUUUAUGUGGAACAACAUAACCGGGAACAUUCCAAAGGAAAUCGGCAAUAUCAAAACAUUAAGACUCUUGCUCUUGAAUGGAAAUCAAUUAACAGGUCAUUUACCAGAAGAGCUUGGUUAUCUUCCGGUCCUGAAUAGAAUUCAAGUUGAUCAAAACAAUCUUACUGGACCAAUACCUUUAUCAUUCGCAAACUUGACAAACGCGCAACACUUUCACAUGAACAACAAUUCACUUAGUGGACCAAUUCCACCAGAGCUUUCUGGCUUAAGGAACCUUCUUCACCUACUUCUUGACACCAACAAUUUAUCAGGCAAUCUCCCAGAUGAGUUUGCUGAGAUGCCAAGCCUAAAGAUACUUCAACUUGAUAACAACAACUUUGGUGGAAAUACCAUUCCAAAUUCUUAUGGAAACAUGCCGAGAUUAUUGAAAUUGAGCCUUAGGAACUGCAACUUGACAGGACCGAUUCCUGAUUUAAGCAAAAUACCACACCUUGGUUAUAUUGACCUCAGUUUCAAUCAUUUGAAUGAAUCAAUUCCUACUAAUAAGCUAUCUGAAAAUAUCACAACCAUUGAUUUAUCAAAUAAUAACCUUGAUGGUACUCUUCCAUCCUACUUUUCUGAUCUCCCACACCUUCAGAAAUUGGCAAUUGAAAACAAUGCACUAAGUGGAAAUGUUUCCUCUUCCAUUUGGCAGAACAAGACCUCAAAUGGAUCAGAAAAGCUUCUCUUGAACAUGCAAAAUAAUCAACUCACCGGCAUAUCAGGCAGCACAACAAAUCUUCCUCCAAAUGUCACACUCAUGCUUGAGGGGAAUCCUAUAUGCUCAAAUAACAACAACAGCACCAUAGUUAAAUUCUGUGGAUCCGAAACUGAAAAUGAUAUGAAUAGAAACUCCAAUAUUACCUGUCCAAGUCAACCAUGCCCUCCUCCUUACGAAUAUUCUCCAGAGUGUGUCUGUGCAGUGCCGUUGCUCGUGUAUUAUCGAUUGAAAAGUCCGGGAUUUUCAGAUUUUAACGCAUAUGUGGAAGAAUUUGAAAACUUCUUGGCAAGUGGCCUUAACAUAGAGAAUAAUCAGCUAUUCAUUAAUAGUUUUAUGUGGGAAGAAGGUCGAUUAAGAAUGCACUUGAAGCUUUUUCCGGUGUACGUUGAUAAUGCAAACUCUUAUAAAUUCAAUGAUAGCGAGGUUAUUAGGAUACGCGAUUUGUUUAGAGAAUGGAAUAUUCAUGAGAAUGACUUGUUUGGUCCUUAUGAACUUCUUGAAUUCAUUCUCCUCGAUCCUUACAAAGACGGGCUUGUUGAGUCUUCAAGUUCGGGAAUAAGCACAGGUGCGGUGGUUGGAAUUGUGUUAGGAGCAAUUGCUAUUUCAGUUACAUUAUCUGCAAUUGUUGCCAUUUUUAUAUUAAGAAUACGGUUGAAAGAUUACCGUACACUCUCCAAAGGGCGUAAAGGUUCUAAGAUCUCGAUAAAAAUCGAUGGUGUAAGAUCAUUCAAUUUCGAAGAAAUGGCUUUGGCUACAAGUAAUUUUAGUGAAUCUGCUCAAAUUGGACAAGGAGGGUAUGGGAAGGUUUAUAAAGGCAAUCUUCAUGAUGGAACUGUUGUUGCCAUAAAACGCGCGCAAGAAGGUUCGCUGCAAGGUGAGAGGGAGUUUCUUACAGAGAUACAACUGCUAUCGAGGUUACAUCAUCGCAACCUUGUCUCUCUGAUUGGAUAUUGCGACGAAGAUGGUGAACAGAUGCUGGUUUAUGAAUAUAUGCCAAAUGGAACACUAAGGGAUCACCUUGCUGCUUAUUCUAAAGAACCUCUUACAUUUGCAAUGAGAUUAAAGAUUGCUCUAGGGUCAGCUAAAGGUCUUGUGUACCUACACACAGAAGCCGAUCCUCCAAUAUUCCACAGAGAUGUCAAAGCUAGCAACAUACUACUAGACUCAAAGUACAUAGCAAAAGUCGCUGAUUUCGGACUUUCAAGACUAGCACCAGUUCCAGAUAUUGAAGGCAAUUUACCUGCUCAUGUAUCUACCGUUGUAAAAGGAACCCCGGGUUACCUCGAUCCAGAGUAUUUCUUGACACGCAAGUUAACUGACAAAAGUGAUGUUUAUAGUCUCGGUGUUGUAUUUCUUGAAAUCGUGACUGGAAAACCACCAAUCUUCCACGGCGAAAAUAUUAUUAGACAGGUUAAACUGGCGUUUGAAUCAGGUGGAAUAUUUUCGAUUGUUGAUAACAGAAUGGGAUUCUACACUUCCGAGUGUGUGGAAAAGCUAUUAAUUUUGGGUUUAAAGUGUUGCAAGGAUGAACCAGACGAAAGGCCGAAAAUGGAAGAAGUGGCUAGAGAACUCGAGAACAUAUUAUCGAUGAUGCCGGAGUAUCAUGCGAAAAAGGGAGGUGAAUAUGAUACAAGUGAUUCUGGAAGUACUUUCAGUUCACAACCUUCAUCAUCUGUUGUGAAGAAUCCUUUUGUUUCAGAAGAUAGUUUGGGGAUUGAGCUUGUUAGUGGAGAUAUACCUACCAUUAGACCAAGAUAG